UAGACUUUCAGUCAAAAACCCUAAAAGUGGAAAGAAGAAAAGGUGUGAAUCCUUUGAUUCUUGGUUUCCAGACAUAUCUCCACAUUUUCUCUUCUCCCAGAUAUCCCAAUGGCAUCGGUUGCCGCUGCCGCAAGAUCAGUUCUCCGGUCAAGCUCUGCUCGCAACGCUGCGGCUCGGCUCGCCCCCCAAGCCAAAGCCAAUGCCGCUUCUUUGCCAUUUCGUGUCUCCUCCAGAAUCCCUCUCUCCAAACGCAUUUUCAGGUGUCCGGUUGAAGCGAGUUUCUGCGUGGAAUCGAUGCUGCCGUAUCACACGGCAACUGCUGCGGCUUUGAUGACUUCCAUGCUCUCCAUUUCUCGCCGCAGCUAUGUUUGGCUUCCAGAAGGCCAAGACAAGACUAGAUGAAGAUCAAGAAGCGAGAUGGAAUGACUUGGACUUAUUUAUGUUUUCAAACUUUUGAGCUAGCGAUUGCAUUAUCUUUAAAAUAGAUAUAUUAUGCUUAUUAUUUCUAUGCAGUGAUUAAACACAACAUAAAUUAAGGAUUAAUGUUUAUGUUGUGAUUUAUCUCCAGUGUUUUGAGGCUUCCAAUUGAAUGCUUGCCUGUAAGGAUGAUGUAAUUUGAUAAGAAGCUUUUUGGUUCUUUACCUUAUGGAUCUUUUAUUUUGUUAUGAGAUGAGAAUGAUAACUGUAUGCAUCUUUUCAUAUCUCUGCAUGUGUAGCCCUACGUAUUUGUGAAUGCUAGUCAUGGAGUUCUUCACAUGCUCACUACACUCCAUCUUAGAAAAAAUUCCCUCCUUUGCCUAAGUAUCCCGUGGUCGAACAGCUAAAGUAACACUUAUUCUUUUUCUGAUUUCCCUUGGUUAAUUUUCUAUUUGAUGCUAUUGUUGAAAAUUGCUGAGAAAAUCACUUCGACUGAGCAACUAACCUGAGAGAGGUGUUGAUGAAAGAUAAGCACUUCUAUGUUUUUGUUCCAUAUACUUUAAACUAUAUAAUUUGUAAACUUUUGCAUUGGCUCAGAUUUUUUAGUCUAAAUAUUUGAUGUAAAUAUUUCAGUUGGUUGAAAUUGAUAUAAGAAUAAAUUCAAUGCAAUCAAUGAGAAGGUUACUGAUAAUUUC